GGAGCAAGCAGCGCGAGCAAAUUGAGGUGGUGGUGUAUGGUGUUUUCAAAAAUUUGGAUAAAUUUACCUUGAAACGGCGAAACCCCUUAUUCGGAGGCGAUGAGGACGACUUUUUGCGUUGGGAAGAAGAGGACGAAGAGUCGAGCUCUGAUUAAGGCUUUGAUGAACUACAUUUGCGUCUCCUAGUUUGUACCCUGCUAAUACGAACAUUCGGAUAUUUUUACGCAUGCUAGACUACAUGAUCUACGAGACGAGUCAUUAAAGCCCUCAAGGUCUAAUCCAUAGAUUCCGACACGGACGGGCGGUCUGGCGAAAGCGAACGGUCACCGAGUUUGCGGGGGCUACGGCGUGACACAGACCCAGAUUCUGGCUCAGCAUUACGGAAACGGACUCAGUAAGAGAUCUACUAUUGAUUGUUCGCGAGAGGAUCCAUUUUCCUUGUGCGGCAUGUUAUUCACCACAGAACUAUAGUGUUAGCAGUUGUUCUCUCAUGUAUGUAUCACCAGAGAACAGUCAGGAGAACAUGUGGGAGCUACUACUUUUGUUCUCGGAUAUAUGGGAGUCUAGCCCCAUUCUAUAUGAGGUCCAUGUGGGUUGCACAUAUGGGGUCCGAUAUAGGGAGCUAGUCUUGUUCUCUUAGAUAUUUUUACUGUUCUAAUAGCAGACCGAGAAAGGGCGCAGAUUCUAGCGCAAUCAACGGGAAGGGUUUCCUCAGAGUAUCGAAAGAGAACAAGCUCACCUGCCUUUCCUCGACGGGCACACACUCUCGUUAUCGACACUGCGACGAAUGUGGCGGACACCGUUGUAAGCGCAGUCACCCCGCUCGCUUUUGCUGCGCCUCUACUUAAGAAGAUGCGUAGGAGUGGUCCUUCAGUAUCAGUGGCAUGAUUCUUGAGAUUUUCUGAGUAUCUAGCACCUUUUUUUUUUACCGUCGAGGUCGAUGUAAGUACUUCUGGUUUUUCGUCCUGGGAAACUUUCAUGGGACGAUUCAGAAAAGGACCACAUGUGGACAGAGACUUCUCAACUGAGUUCGUUGUUCGUAUUAUAUGGAGAACCAAGUACCUGCGCUAAUUCACGUCCUUUCCAAAGUUCCGGCACAAGGACAAGCCUAAACGCUGAUGAUGCAGGAGCAGGCGCAGAUGGCUCCGCAUCACAAGGCGAAGACGCUGUCUUUGCCAGUAACAGCACAAGCCGGGUCGGCCAGGGAUUAAGACGCUUCCGCUCGCUAGUAGCGCGUGUGGCGAAGCCCGGAGGAGAUAUCCAUCGGAUGACCCAGGCGCGCACCACAACUCGGUCCUCUGCACCAGCUUCGGACGAUAAUGCAGCUCCGGGAGUGGACUGUGACCACGUCCAAAUCACUAUGCCGCCUGACGAUGGCGUGGAGGAAGCCGCAGUCGCGGCAGUGGGUAAUAAAAAC